GAACUCUCUUUUGCAUCUAAUGUCGACGCUCUUCAUCGCUCUCCAAUGCUACCAAUGCUCCACCAUGCAGGUGAAGCAGAAGAAGAAGAGCAGCAACAAAUGGAGUUGCGCGGUCUGUAACCAGAAGCAAUCAGUUCGAAGAGUCUUUGCCCAGGGAUUCAUGGCUAAGGACGUUCGCAAGUUCGUUCAGGACUUCAACAUGUCGCGCAAGUCCUUCGACGACGGAGAUUGGCCUCUCGCCGGAACCCUAGAUCCGGCACCGGAAAUCUCCGACGGCGAAGUGAGCCGCCAAAAGAGGAGGAACGAUUGGUCUGCCUACCUCGACCAAGAGGAUCAUCACACCCUUGAGGAGCAACAACUUCAUCACGAUGAUGAUUGCGAAGGGCUUGUAGUGACUGAGUUGCCGACGGGUAUGUUCAAGAAGAGCAGGGUGACGGAGAAUAAUGCUGCAGGAAGUGACAAGUUUUUCAAGAAGACACUUUUCCUUAACUCUCAAGAGGAUCCAGUUAUACAAAGAGCUACAUCAAUGAUUGAAAACAAUCCGAAAAGAAGAAAAAAUAACCUGACACUAUAUGAUCAAGUUACUCAAAACUUAAAGCAAACAAACACUGAGAUAGCCUCCAAAUGGAGCGGUUACUUAAAUGAGUACGAUGGCAAUUCAGAGUUUGGACUGAAUAAAAGCUUCAACGUGGACAAAAAUUCAGGUUCAUGUGAUAACAUUGUCUUGGAGACAAUAGCUGAUGAAAGGGUGGAAGAUGAUAUUCACCCGGAUUUUAUGUGAAUUGUAUUAGUAUUUAUGAUUGUGUGGACUAAUUUUUUACUAAUUACUAGAAAAAAUCACUGCUUCAUGAAAUGAAUAUAACAAAGCAUCCUACAAAUAUGAAUGUAAACAUUACAAUUUUUUUGGGCUAUUUGUAAUGUUUGGUUUGCAUAUAUUAGAAGGGAAGAUAAAAAUUUAUGAUCAAAUUGCAAUUCCUUUGUUAAGAUAAUGAG